AUGGAAUCCAUAAACCCUAAAGAUCAUCGGAAAGUAUCUUGGUCGGAAUUACCACCGGAUCUCUUAAUAUCCAUCAUAGAACGCCUUGAUCCCCAAUAUGAUAUCUUCAACCUCCGGCGAGUUUGUAAGGCAUGGAAGACAACAGUUUCUCUUACCCUCGUCUCGAAAAACAUCUUAUCCCCUCUCAUCCCACAAUGUCUCCCAUUCGAUGAGGCAACGACAACCGAAUUUAGCGUGGUUAUGGGUUCGGUUAUCCAAAUUCAAUCACUUGCCAACCCGAAUCUCCCACCGUGUUUAUUAACCGUUACUGAAAUUAACUCGGGUAAGCUCUUCAUUAGACCUCCCCUUUUCAAACGUACUGCCACAAGACUACAUUCCGAUCAUGAUCCUCACAUUCUUCCCGAAGAUUUCCCACACGUUUUGGAUCUUUCCCGUUUUCGUGUAUCGGAAUUGGGUCGGUUCCAUAGCAAAAUACGUAAAAUCAAGUCUAAGCCAAACAAAUUAGUUAGGUUUAAGGCGGUACUAAUUAAGGAUCCGAAUUGUGAAAAUUGGGCCACUACGAUUAAUAACUACACUCUUGUGGAGAUGUCUCGAACCCAAUCCUUAUCAGCAACAAGGUUGGUUGCAAGUAACCCAGAAACACAUGAUGUUAUUUUCGAGACGAAAGAAAGAAUAAAGUUUCGUAACUUUGUCGAAUUCAAGGGGAAAAUUUAUGCAGUUGAUAAGGUUGGUAUGGUGUAUUCGAUGGAUUAUCAUACGUUGAAAAUGUCGAUGAUUACAAAAGUCGACAACUUUAAAAAUAUCUACUAUCUUGAAACUAAGAAAUAUUUAGUUGUAUCAUCAUCAAGUGAAUUAUAUUUAGUUUGUAGAAGGCGGACGAGAGAGGUUAAUUCUGGUACUUUUUCGGUGUUUAAGCUAAACGAGGAGAAGAAAAAGUGGGAUAAGAUUACAAGUAUAGGUGAUGAUAAGAUAUUGUUUGUCACUUUUGAUGGUUGUUUCUUCGUCUUGGCCAAUGAUUUUCCGGGAUGGAAAGGGAAUUGUAUUGUAUUCCAUUAUGAUAAGUAUAUUCGUACUUUGAACAAAUAUGUUGUUGGUGUUUUUCACCUCAACAGUGGUGAUUAUGGCACCCUAGACUCUUUUCCGGGCUAUUCUAACGUGUUAUGGCCACCACCGUCGUGGCUGUGGACCGAUACAUGUUCGUCCACAACAGGGGCAGAUUAG